UUUGGAUAUUAAUAUCGUUCCGAUGAAGAAUUGUUACAAGUGCGGCAUAAGAUAUGUUAGUGGAGAGUGCGUUGGCUCUGUUUGCGCUUGUUAAUCAGUUCAAUUGAAUAACGUAUUAAUACUCCGGGGUCAUCGCGAGAGUUAAUCGCAAUGUCCACGCCGGACACGAUGGAUACCAUCGACGAAGCGGAACAAGCGUGGCAUGAGAUGCUGGAGUGUGAGACCGGGUCCCUUUUAGGCAGAGUGGCGGAUCUCGAAAGGCAAUCCUUGGCGCAGAGGGACGAGAUAGUUUGUCUUCGCGCCACUUUGGCGGACGCGUUAAGGCGAAUCGCUCAGCUCGAGGCAAGAGAAAAGCGGGAGGAUGACAGGAAUGAGAGGAGAAACGAGAGGAUGGUGUCCUCGCCUUUAAGGAACGGCCAUGUACCUCUCAGAAGUCAAAAUUCGGUGCCACAAAAGGAUUUGAGGCUGCGCCAGACUGGUGGCCUCAGAAAUUCCUCCUCUUCGGGAUCGUCGCAGGACGUUCGUGACGCGACGUCCAGUCCGAGACGGCCUGCAAGCUACGUGCAUCCCUCUCAACUUCCUCAAAGGAGAUCCGUCCACUAUCAGUCAACGGGCUCUUUACAUUCCGAUAGUCCGAGUAGUAGUAGUGUUUCUCCGGUGCCAUCGCCAAGCCCUAGAGCUACACCACUGCCCGUAGCCAGAUCGCCCACGGCAAGAUCAAACGGACCGCCACAAAGUAGCCUAAGAAGAGCGAAGAGAUGGUCGUCCACCGGCGAUUUUACACAUUCUCCGCAAAACCAGGGAAGCAAUUCCCAACUCGUCGGUACCAGAUUGUCUGCGUCCACCAAGUCCCUGUUCAACCUGUUCAAGCCACCGGCGAUGAACAACGUCAAGCACGGUACUAGAGACAUGCAGUACAACGAGGAGGAAGGCACCGUCCGCAUGUAUCUGCGCGGUCGACCAGUAAUUCUUUACGUCCCCACAUCCAUGAUGGAAUCCUACGACCUUCACAAAGUUAGUACACCGCCGCAGAGCAAAUUGAAGCUCGACUGGGUCUACGGUUACCGCGGCCGCGAUUGCCGUAGCAAUUUACACCUGCUGCCAACCGGCGAGAUCGUAUAUUUUGUCGCGGCUGUUGUUGUUCUGUAUAACAUGGAGGAACACAGCCAGAGACAUUACUUAGGCCAUACAGACGAUGUUAAAUGCAUAGCUAUUCAUCCAAACAAAUUGGUUGUCGCAACAGGACAGGUGUGCGGAACGGAUCGUCGGGAUGCUAUGCCACACAUUAGAAUAUGGAACUCCGUGAGCCUGACGACUCUUAGCGUAAUUGGCAAUGGCGAAUUUGACGGAUCGAUUUGCUGUCUGUCAUUCUCCAAGGCCGAUGGCGGGAAUUAUUUGUGUGCCAUCGAUGAGACUUCCGAUCACAAUAUAUCGAUCUGGGAUUGGCAAAAGAGCGAUCGUGGCACCAAAGUAACCGAAACGAAGUGCUCUGUCGACACGGUGGUUUGCGCCGAGUGGCAUCCGCUGGAACGUAACCAGAUCGUCUCUUGCGGAAAAGGACACGUGUCUUUUUGGUCCCUGGACAACGGCGGUAUGCUGUAUAAACGUAUGGGCAUCUUCGAGAGCAGAGAUAAGCCCAGAUAUGUUACCUGUGUCGCCUUCAAUCAAAACGGGGACGUCCUCACCGGUGACAGCAAUGGCAACAUCAUCGUUUGGAGUCGAGGUACUAACACAAUCUCAAGGCUAGUGAGGAAUCUCCAUGAAGGAUCGAUUUUUUCGAUAUGUGUUCUGAAAAAUGGUAACAUUAUUACGGGAGGCGGGAAGGACGGCAAGAUUUUGUAUUUUGAUGCCUCUUUGAAUCUAACGGGAGAAGAAGCUCAGAUCGAAGAUCAUUUCGGUGGGAUUCGUACGCUCUCGGAAGGAAGAGGCACUCAGUUAUUAAUUGGCACGACGAGAAAUUGCAUUCUUGUUGGCGAGAAUGAUAUGGGUUUCAAUCCUGCAAUGCUGGGUCACGCUGAAGAAGUUUGGGGACUUGCAGCCCAUCCAACUUUACCUCAGUUUGCUACCGCGGGACACGAUAGGUUGUUACAGAUGUGGGACAGUUUAAGUCAUACUGUGGUGUGGAGCAAAGACAUCGGGGAGCAAGCACAAAGUAUCACCUUUUCACCGGAUGGUAGUAUCAUAGUCGUAGGCUGUGUGUCCGGGAAAUGGUUGGCAAUUGAUAGCGAGACGCGAGAAUUGUACACACACCAUAGUGAUGGUUCCGAACCUAUUCAGGUCGUUCAAUUCUCGCCCGACGGUUCCUUGCUUGCUCUCGGCUCCAGAGAUAAUUAUAUUUAUAUUUACCAAGUAAACGAGGUCGCAACCAAGUAUAGUCGAGUCGGACGAUGUAUGCCAAAGCGGAUUCGAAGGCACGGAGGACAUUCCAGCUUUAUAACUCAUUUAGAUUGGUCCGUGGACGGUCAAUAUUUACGCAGCAAUAGUGGAGAUUACGAAUUGCUCUAUUGGAAUCCUGGUGUGUGCCGCCAAAUUCCACAGUCUUCGAUGCUGAGGAAUGUUGAUUGGGCAACUCAUACCUGCGUGAUAUCAUUUGAAACAAUAGGCAUUUGGCCGGAGGGUGCCGAUGGAACUGACGUGAAUAAUUGCACGCGAAGUGGUGACGGCAAACUAUUAGCUACCGGUGAUGAUUUUGGAAAAGUCAAAUUGUUCUCUCAUCCGGUAUGCCAACCGAAGUCACUAUACCAUUCCUAUGGCGGUCAUUCGAGUCACGUAACAAAUGUCUCAUUCUUGCAAGAUGAUUCCCGAUUGGUAUCAACCGGCGGCGCCGAUACCAGUGUUCUUCAGUGGAUAGUAAAUUAAGCAAGUUAUUUUCGAGCGAGUGAUUUUUAAGUGCACUUCAAGUUUGAAUUUAGAAGAUAAAAGAAUGUCAACAUCGCAUCGUUUAAAACUAAAGAUUGCACGAUUUACUUAAUUGCGACUAAGCUUUACGGAUUCUAUUGAAAGAAUUGACGACGGAAUCAUCUUAACAUCUCAAGUUCCCGAUAUUUAAACAUCAUUUGUCGCACGAAAAAUAUUUAAUCAUGAUGAACAUUAUAUAAGCAGAUUCCACUUGUUUAAAAGUGGAAAAUCAAACUGACUCAACUUCUGAACAAUACUUUUAUCAUCAAGCGCAAGAUAUUCAUAGAAUAUAUACUAUCGUACGUGUAAAGCAACUCAAUGCACCACGUGUGCGAAUGUGUUUCCUUCUCGUAUCAGUAUAUGUGAUAGCACCGAUGUAACCUUUUCUUACCAUUGUGUCCAACGUGCAUAAUAUUAACAGAAAAGCGAUCUGUGUGGACAAAUAAUAAUCGAUAUAAUUAAUCUGAUUGUGAGAACAACUUUCGGCACAAUACAUUUCUUGUUAACUAUAUUUACUAUUUACGUUAACAUUAUUAAUCCAAGAAUAUUUUAUAU